AUGUCAUAUGACACAAAUUCUCAAACUAUUUUAUAAAGGAUAAGUAAACAAUAGUCUGCUCUCUGGCUAUUUAUUUUAUAUAUUUUGUAUAAAAUUAAAUAUUUUUUUAUAUUUAAUUCAUAAAUUUAAUAUAAAGCUUUAUAAAAGCUAUAGGAAAAAGUUAUUCAACUUCUUCUCUUUCAAGAAAAUCAAAAUUAUUAAUUGAUAGUUCUCCAAAGAGAAAAACGCCAACCCCAAGCUCUAUAAAGCCAAUUACAAAAUCUAGCUUCACAGCCCGAUCCACAGAAAAUCUAAAAAAAAACUCAUCUAAAAGCCCAAAAAGCCAAAAUUUUAUUAAAGACUUUGCUAUAAGAAAAAACAUUAUUUGCAGAGUCCUGAAUGAAAGAGAGAAAAAUCUCCGGGUAGAACAAGAUAGAAAAGAACUGCAUGAAAAAUAUGAAAAACUAAGGGAAAAGCAAGAAGAAAGGGCCAAAAGGACAAGGAAAUUAGUUAAUUAUGAAAAAGAGUUCAAAAAUCAGUUCUCAGCAAAGAAUUUUGAAUUUAAAUUUGAAGGUGGUAGCAAAAUCAAGAAAAAAGGAGAAUUAAAGGCAAGAUGUGUUCUAAGGCAAAGCGAAAUUGAUUCAGAAAUAGUCCCAGAAACUCAUCAUAAGCAUUUUACUUUGCAAGACCUUCAAGCUAUAUUAAAUUUUCGUAAAGAUUUGCCAUUUAAAUUUUAUUUUGCCUUAAUUAUAUCAGCAUUUAUGAAUAUUUCAAAUAUUUCUAUAAGCUCAGAUUUUUGAGUAAAAGAAAUCCCACAACAGAAUUUUUUUCAAUUUAUUUGCUUAAUUUAUAAAAAAUAA